UACGGUGAGUGACGCGGGAGAAUCUCGAGAACUUUCGCUCUACCUUCUAAACUAACCUUCUGUAAUUAUUCAGCUAAAAUCGAGAUCAGCUAAAACCUGCCAAUGACCUCUCUACUUCUUCUCUCUGAUGCUAAUCAGCAAUGUGGACAAAAAUGCUUCACUAAUCACAAGCUGCCGUCGCCGACCAAUCAGUGACAAGCACACUCGCCUCCACCAAUCGCGCCUCCACCAUCGCCUGUCAGUCAGUGACGAGAACAUUUGCUGGCCGGGAAGUCGCGAUAGUUAACUCUCUAGAGACAUUUCCUCUCGGAUGUCCUUGCUCUUCUCGUGGGAACGAACUUCGUUCAACGAAAAGUACGUGGGAACGAUUCCAAAUUGAAGACGCAAAAGGAUUCGGCCCGACAACGAGUUGUAAGUCAAGAACAACACGAUGAUCAUGCUGCUUUGACGGAGAGACCAGUAAGAGAAGCAACCGAGAGGUGUUUUCGACGAUAACGCAAGCGCGCAAGAAUGAGUUUCAGAUAAAGUAAUAAUUUGUUUCUCGACGGUAUGGAGGAGACAUUGCGAUUAAACGAAACCGGAGUGAGCCCCAAAUAUGACUAUAUGGAUGCGCUGAUCGACAUGAACGUCAAACAGGGCAAGAUGAUAAAGAUAAUUGCUUAUAGUAUCUUAAUUGUAAUAUCGGGGACUGGAAAUAUUGCUAUGCUAAUAAUGACUAUAAUACGAAAACAAAAGUCCAAGUCCCGGAUAAAUACCCUGGUGAUGCAUCUGGCGAUAGCUGAUCUCUUUGUGACGUUCCUGAUGAUGCCGUUAGAAAUCGGAUGGUCGAUUACGGUGUCAUGGGAAGCUGGAGACGCGAUGUGUCGUAUAAUGACCUUCUUCAGAACAUUCGGCCAGUAUCUUUCAUCUUUCAUAAUUGUCUGCAUAAGUAUAGAUAGAUAUUACGCGGUAAUGCGACCGCUCCAGAUAUUGGACGUUCACAGAAGAGGAAAGAUAACUCUGAUUUUCGCGUGGGUGGGCUCCAUAUUCUGUUCCUUUCCGCAGGUACUAGUAUUCCAUCUCGAGGUGCGUCCCGGCUACACUUAUGUCACACAGUGUACAACACACAACACUUAUCCGUCGCACGUGUACGAACUGUUGUACUUUUUGUUCGGAAUAACGACAGUAUUCUGGUUCCCCCUGUGCGUGAUGUUUUAUACCUAUACCAGAAUAUUCGUGGAGAUCUCACGCAAAUCCAAAGAAGAUAGAAUACGCCGUUCAUCGAUCGGAUUCCUCAGUCGAGCACGAGUGCGCACUUUAAAAAUGACAAUAACCAUUAUCGUGGUUUUCAUCAUCUGCUGGACCCCUUACUCUGUACUAAGCUUGUGGUAUUGCAUUGAUCGGUCGUCACUCCGGGAAGUCGACCAACGCAUUCGGAAGGCUCUCGUUUUACUUAGGAGCACAAACCCCUGCAUGAAUCCCAUCAUCUACGGCAUCUUCAACAUACGACAAAGGAACAAUACAAAUCUUCAAUCCUAUCCCCCUUUGAUGCCCAUCAAUGCGACCGUAGAACUUCCGGUUGUCGCGUACGCCAGAGAUUCUAUCCUCACCGUUUUCUUAAUAGCUUUGCCGAUUCUCUUUAACUCCCCAACUUCAUAUAACAGAUACGCCGAAGUGAGCAGCCACCAUCAAGGCCAGCAUCACGCCGCUGUCCCUGUCGAUCAGACUUCUCUAUUGACGAUGAACCCGACGUUCGCCAAAUCAAACGGAUGCAUUUAGACGAGCGAGCCAGCAUGCAGAUGACGCGACACCUCGUACAUGCAUCUUUCUCGCAGACAUGAUUCUUCCUUUCCUUAGUGAUAAUUGCGUGAUCACGCAUCGACUAUGCGUUACGCCGUAACGAUCGUGUUUUUUCAGAUGCGAGGUACUGCGUUCAUACCGUCCAAAUGAAAUGCGAUGAAAGACGAAAUGGGCCUUUUCGUUACGCGCGUUCGGAAUGCGUACAGCAACGUGUUACAAUGUGGACGAGAAGCACGGCACAAUAUUCGAAGCAUUUUGCCACGAUAUAAUCGGUCGAGAAGAUUACGAGUUGAUUCAUGGUCUUCGCGGACGAUUAGUAAACGCUACCGAACCGAUACAGGCCCCAUUGUUUCUAGUCUCUCCCAUUUUCUACCAUUUCUCAAAAUAUGUACAUUAAGUGUAAAGGAAACUAGGCUUCGCACAGCUUCGAAACUGGUGUGUAUAUGUGGGACCACUUUCUACACACGUGUAACUGGCAUCAGCGAUAUUGUUAUAUACCUGUUACAUCGCGUUGAGAAGACUAAGUAUAUUACUGUCAACGAGACAGACGAGACUGUCGAGAUGAGGAGUCGUUCCUGAAUCGCGAAUCCAUCGAUAAAAGAUUCUCGAAGUAAAUAAGGAGGCGGAAAACGCAUUGGGACACAGAAAAGGCAUUAUUCAUAGAGUUUCCUCGUUUGUUUUUUGUCUGUCGUGUUUCUGUCUUUUGACGACACACACACACACACACAUAGGUCUACGUUCCAAAAUAACAUGGAGCACUGAUGUGCGAAUGAGUGUAUUUCGCGCUAAUCGAUUCCGCCGAGAUAUUUUUUCUGCCACCGUAGAAGGAAGCGAUUGAUUUAUGUUGGUUGCGACGCGCCUUUCCGCUAUGAAUAUUCCAUACCGUAGGAAACAGCGUGUGAGCGUGCGCAUCACUAUUACAGAACACAGAGUAAUAGUGUGUGAAGCUCGACAUCGCGAUACCAAUUUUACAUUUCAGCCAGAUCAACAAGAUCGCUCAUCUAACUGUCUGUUUCCGCUUGUUUAUCGGUGAUCUUCAGUUGGAAAUUAAAUUACCCUUUUCUGCAAA